ACUAGCAAAAGUUUGUGUUGUACUUGUAAGGUUAUGUUAUGAAUCGAAUUAUUGUCGUAAAAAAAUAUUAAAAUAUUGACCUCAAAAAAGUUAACUAACUUAUUAUUUCAUAACUAUCAAUAUGCCACCCCAAGAAUGUAAUUCGCCAGAUUUGGAUGAGAAGAGUAUUGAAAACAUUGUGAAAUUUGUAUCUGAUAUACGGACAGGGAAGCUGCAAGGAUCCAAUAAGAUUGCCGUAGCCACAGUUUCUCUUCUAGAGCAGAUCAUCACAGAUGCAUCAAAUACUAGUGUUUUAUGUCUUGUAAACGCAGUACGGGGUACUGGGCGUCGCAUAACAAAGGCAUUACCGCAGGAGCUUAUUGCUGCAAAUAUGGUGCGACGUGUAUUGCGAGCGAUACGAGACGAGCAGAGAGCCCUGGCCAAUCAGAGUAGCGAAUACUCAGGUGAUUCCCUACAGCGUUUGGUAUUAGCAGCACCAAGCCGCAGAGCAACUUUACCUUCUAAUCACGAUCUGAGGGAGCCUAUACGAGAUCAUAUAGCAGAGCUUCUUGGAGAAUUGGAAGCAAGUACAUCCUCAAUAUGUGGACAAGCAAAGGAACACAUACAUGCAGAUGACGUGAUAUUGACAUAUGGUGCGAGCAGUUUAGUUGAAAAAUUUCUUAAAUCAUCAGGAACCAAUAAAAUGAAGAUAUUGCUGGUUGAGGGACCGAAGCACGCUGAGAGUGCCGCAAUGGCAGUCAGGUUAAGUACGCAGGGUGUUAAUGUGACCCUUGUCAAUGGUGCGGCUGUAGGUGCCCUAAUGCCAAGAGUGAACAAGGUUGUCAUUGGUGUCCGUAGUACCCUAGCUGGUGGAGCUGUUUUGGGUGACGGUGGACUUCUAGCUGUGACCACAGCUGCUAGACAUUACAGCGUGCCUGUGAUAGCAUUGUCACCUCUAUACAAACUGUCACCACUGCACUCGUGUGACCACACCCACUUCAACGCCCUUUCGCCUCCGUACACCGCGCUUCCGUAUAUGAGUGGCGAAAGUGCUGUGGCUCAAGUAUUCGCGCCCAUGUGCGAUUUCGUCCCGCCAGACCACGUGACUCUAUUCAUCACCAACUUAGGCGGAAGUUCGCCGUCAUACAUCUACCGUCUGCUCUCGGAAUUGUAUGACCCCAAUGAUUAUCAAAUAUUGGAUAGCGUGGCAUCGCCCGCAGCUUCGGCGCAGAUCGAUAAAUUUGGUACCUAUGGCGCAAGCAGAAUGAGUCAAGGGGGUUCUCGUCGGCCCUACUCACGCGGUGGCCCGCGUUGGCACCCUCGUUACAAGGACUAUUGGGACUACGAGCAGAGUUAUAGCGAUGCAAGCAGUGCGGGUAGUCCGAAAGAGGCGUGCGUGGCCAACUCCCCACCACCACACCAGCAUCCGGCUCCAGCCAAGAGGCAGCAGCACCAUCCACACCCACAUCACGAUCAGAGGCGACUUAGCGUUGAAGUGCGCGUGAGUCCCGGCGCAGCUGGAACGUCAGCUGAGUCUCCACACAUACACCAUCCGCCUCAUCACCAGCCUCACCAUCAUCAUAAUAUGGACACGAAUCCGCUGGAAGGCCCCGUAGAGUCUAUCGUCAGUGGGGCAGGAUCAUCUGAUGGUGAAUUGUCUAGUAAAGCAGGAGACAGUCCCAGUAGGAAACGAAGGCGGAUAUGCAGACAUAUAUCAUCGGGUGAAAGUAACGUGUCAGUGCCAACGCCGACUGUCGAAAGACGGACGCCCAGACAUCAUUAUCAACCGAGACGUCGCGUACGCUACAUGAGCGGCGGCAACGGCGGUGUGUGUACACACCAGCGACUGAUGGAGCAUACGCCCCACCCUCCGCACCCGCCUCACCCCGCGCAUCUGCCGCACCCUGGCCCGUUGCUACUGGAUAUUAACCAGAUGUCCCUUCGUGGCGCGCGGUUAAACGCGCUCGGAGGGGGCGUGGCGUGGCCUCACCACGCUCAUCCACACCCACAUCCACAUCCACACCCACACCCGCACGCGCACGCGCAUGCGCAUCCCCACGCGCACGCACACAGGGAUCACCCGCAGAGGACUCAGAUGGGCGGAAUGUACGCGGGCCUUCAGUACCAUGGGACUUUCCCCCCGCCGCCACCCCGCGGGCCUUUUGCCUCACCUCCGCACCCGCAUACCCACUAUAUCGCUAAUUCACAACGCGCGGAAGGCGGACGGCUAGAUAUGUUGGGUGCAGGCGAAGGCACACUGUCGCCUCUUCAAGCCACGCCCGAUCUUCAUCACGCUCCACUCUUGUUGGCUACAGAGGCCCAACGAGCUCCAAUAGAGCUGAUGGCGUCACACGCAAGGCAUGCGCUGUCUCAUCACCAUCAUCAUCGUCGCAACGGCGUAGGGCCGCAUGCGCACGCGCACGGCGGAGUGGGCGUAGUAGGGGCGGGCUCUCGCGGACGUCCGUACGUUCGCACCGCGCCCAGGUGGACGCCGCACCCGCACACCGUUCAUCACAUACACGCACAGGGCGGAGGCGGUCUUGUGAACGCAUUACCUCAGUUACACGUCGCAUCGCCGCUGUCAUUACCGCCACCACCGCCUACCUACCAGGUGUUCCUGAAUCUCCUUGCGAUGUUCCCACUCUCCCCUUACGGGGAGGCGCGGGGGGAGGACGGCGCAGACUCUCCCGAGACCGAGAACUAUGAAGCUCUCCUCUCUCUAGCUGAAAGGCUGGGCGAAGCGAAGCCGAGAGGACUGGCGAGGCACGAAAUCGAUCUGCUGCCCAGUUAUAAGUACUGCGAGCAGACUCAUCAAGGCGAACAAACCUCGUGCGUGGUCUGCAUGUGCGAGUUUGAAGCUCGACAGACGAUACGUGUGUUGCCUUGUGCGCACGAGUUCCACGCGAAGUGCGUCGAUAAAUGGCUACGGUCGAACCGCACCUGCCCCAUAUGCCGCGGCAACGCGUCAGAAUACUUCAACAACUCCGAGUGACUCUAACGAAAGUCGCCGAGCGCGACUGAACCACCAAAUAACGAACGGUUAUAUUUUUUCAUAUCAGUGGAUUCCUAUAUUUAACGGAUGUAUUUGUUUGAUAGUGCAGUAAACGUACCGGGAUUUUGUAUACAUAGAUGAAACGGUAUGCCGGGUGUUUAAAGACUGUUUCCGGUAAUA